CAUAAAAGGAAUAAGCACGCACGCACACAGGGUUCCACUUCAUCAACGCGUUUCACUCACAAAAUUUGGAACGGAUCGUUAAACUUCGAAACCAGAACUCCGAAACUUGUCAAAUAAAAAUGGAUGGUGCGUUUGACGAUGAAGCUGAACCGGCUGUUACAAUCGGCGAGUACCUUGAGGAAGUUGAGGAACGGGAGCUGGAAGCUGAUUUAGUUUUAGGGGGUGAUGACGGUAAGGAGUGUACCUAUAGCAAAGGUUAUAUGAAAAGGCAAGCAAUUUUCUCUUGCCUCACCUGUACCCCAGAUGGGAAUGCUGGAGUUUGCACAGCUUGCUCAUUGUCUUGCCAUGAUGGUCAUCAGAUUGUGGAACUAUGGACAAAAAGAAACUUCAGGUGUGAUUGUGGGAAUUCAAAGUUUGGUGAAUUCUUCUGCAAGAUUUUCCCAAAUAAAGAUGUAGAGAAUGUUGAGAAUUCAUACAAUCACAACUUUAAAGGUUCAUAUUGCACAUGUGGUCGCCCUUAUCCAGAUCCAGAUGCUGAAGAACAAGUAGAGAUGAUACAGUGCUGUAUAUGUGAGGACUGGUUUCAUGAGGAGCAUCUUGGUCUUGAAUCGUCUGAUGAGAUUCCCAAGGAUGACGAGGGAGAGCCGCUGUAUGAGGAUUUCAUAUGCAAGGCAUGCUCUGUAGUAUGUUUCUUCCUAAAAUUAUAUCCUGAAGUAAUAUGGGCAGCUGGAAAGCAGGCAGAUAAUACUGUCCAUGUUAGCAAGGACAAAGGUGUUUUGGAAGAUGUGCCUUCAACUUGCGGGUCUGAAAAGCCAACGGGUGAUACUUCAUACAUUUCUCCUAAAAUUGAUGAUGCAGAAGCUACUGUUGAUUCUGAAUCUAUAUCUGGUGGGAAGGGUCUGCCUCAGGGAGGAAAUUGUUAUAACAGUACGGCCUUGAAUCAAUGCACAAAGAGCACCAAUUUGCAUGUUAAAUGUCUCCUUGGUGUUAACAUUGGUGCUGCUUCCCCGGUUUUACAUGGUAAACCAAUGUUCCUUCCCAAAAAUUGGAGAGAUUCUCUAUGCAAAUGCAAUAAUUGUUUGGAGUUUUACAAUCAGAAGAGGAUUGUUUUUCUACUUGACAAGGAAGACUCAAUUGUGGAGUAUGAGAAAAUGGCCAAGCAAAAGAGAGAAGAAAAGUUGCAGCAACAGGAGGGUGCUGAGUUAAACUUCUUUAAUAAACUUGGACAUGUAGAGAAAGUGGAGAUCUUGAAGGGCAUUGAAGAGAUGAAGGAUGGGCUUCGUGCUUUCCUGGAGUCCGCGGACUCGUCAAAGCCAAUUACUGCUGCUGAUGUCCAUCAGUUUUUUGAUGACAUUAAGAACAAGCGUCGCCGUGUACAGUGAGUUUUUGUUGUCUUGGCAGUUUAAGGGCGUGUCGGUCAAAACAUUCAAACUGUUUAGUGUGAUUUGUAUCAUCUGAUGUUCAGAAGGCCUGCCUGCUUCAUGAUAUUUAUAUUACAAUGCUCCUUGUAUUAACUAUUUGACUUCGUAGACUCUGUAUUUUGGUUUCUUAAAGUCAACUUAGGUUUAACAUAUACCUAUUUAGCUGCUGAAUUGCUUUUUAUAUGUAUAGAUCCUUUGUUC